AUGUCCCUGGCGCAGCUCUCCCGUCUGCUGCCCCUCCCAGAGGACGAGCUGAAGCAGAUGCUCGACUACGCCAACACGCUGUCGAAAUCUGAAGCUGCAGAACACUUCAACGACCUGCUGGGCGACUCACCGCAAGCCGUCGAAUUCAUAUCUUCCUUUAAUUCGCGACGACAAGAGAAGAAGCCAUCGGCUCCGGCACCGCAAACCAGUUCGGUCAGCUCAGGUGCCCCUGAACCUGCACCAAAGACAUCACGGGGCCCCAAGAAGAAGAAGGCAAACAUUCACACCCCAGUCGCAAGGAAGAUUGAUGCCGCCCCUCCACCCGGGGCAAGCUAUAGCAAGAAGGCACAGGAGGAUGAGUGGUAUGGCGGAAAGAAACCGGCUCAGGCGGCGGAAAGCAGCAGCGGCGGCGGGGGCGCCUUUCCACAACUCGGGGCCGCAUCGUCGAGUUCCAAGCAAACGCCAAAGAGCGCGACCCCUCCUCCGCAACAACAAAGAACGGCCGGAGGCUACCUGAUAUCCGACGUCAAAGCGAAGCCCAAAUCGAACCCCGUGUCACGAUCAUCUACACCUAAGCCCACGACGAAACCAACAAAGAUAUCGAUUGCCGGCGGUACGCCCAUGGCGGGCGCAUCCACUGCCCUCAACGACCUAGACGCAGCCAUCAGGUCUCUGGAGCUGACGACAAACCCAACAAUGGGCGAGGACCCGAAAGCCAGGAGGUGUAAUUGUGUGGCCACACGACACCCACUACAAACGGCGGCGCCCAACUGCCAGUCGUGCGGCAAGGUCAUAUGUGUCAAGGAAGGUCUUGGGCCAUGCACAUUCUGCGGCACACCUCUUUUGUCGUCGGAGGACGUGCAAGGGAUGAUUAAGGAGCUCAAGGCCGAGAGAGGAAAAGAACGCAUGGCUGCCGAUAGGGAUGCCCAUAAGCGCGCCGAGGUCAGCAAGAAGCCGGCGCCGUUCAGCCAGCACAAGAUGUCCGAGGCAGAGGCCAAGGCAAAGGAGCACCGGGACAAGCUGUUGAACUUCCAAGCGCAGAACGCGCGGCGGACGACGGUCAGAGAUGAGGCGGCAGACUUUGAUGUGAGUGGAGCCAUGGCCGGCAGCGGGGGCAACAUCUGGUCGACGCCCGAAGACCGAGCCAGGGAGCUCAAGAGGCAACAGAAGAUUCUUCGCGAGAUUGAAUGGAACGCGAAACCCGAGUACGAGAAGCGGCGGCAGGUGGUCAGCAUCGAUGUGGUGGGUGGCAAGGUCGUCAGGAAGAUGGCGGCUGUGGAGCGGCCGACGACGCCAGACGAAGAGGAUGUCGUUGUUGAUGAAGAUGUAGACGAGAAUUAUAGCCUCGUCGGCAAACAGCAAGGUGGUAGUCAAGGUGGUGGCGGCGGUGGUGUGUUUAGCCAGAAUCCUCUACUGGGAGGACUGAUUAAACCGGUGUGGGAUGCCAAGGGGAAGGGAGCGCAGCUAGAGGGCCGCAAGGACAGGAAGACACAAUGGAGAAGGGUACAGGACGACUUUGGGGACAACGAAGCGGUGAUCUUGGAUGGCGGGGCCCAUGGAUACUCUACGACGGGUGACGAGCCAGCGUGCGGUUGA